GUUUAAAGAUGGAAAAGUAAUUCACCCUAGUAACCAUGUGGAGAUGGUUGAGAAACCAGAUGGCACAGUUCAACUACUGUUAGAUAAAGUCACACUAGAAGAUGCUGGAAAGUAUUGUGUUGUGGCCAGAAAUGACAAAGGAGAGAUAACAAAUGAAGCUGAUGUGACAACUGUUCCACCUAGUAGGAAAAUUGAGAAACCAGUAGCUAAGAAACCAGAAUUUGAACACCGGUUAAGACCAGCACUGCUAACUGAAGAAGAACCUGGAAAAUUAGAAGCUAUUAUCAGUGGAGCACCUAAAGUUAAAGUUCAAUGGUUGAAAGAUGGAAAAACUAUAACUCCUAAUGAUCAUUUUACACCAAUUGAAAAACCAGAUGGAACUGUGGCUCUUCUCAUUGAUAAGGUUACCCCAGAGGAUGCUGGAAGGUUUGGUGUGGUUGUCACCAGUGAUGAAGGUGAAAUAAAAAGUGAAGCUAAUGUUACAACUGUUCCAAAAAUCAUGGAAGAACCAAUCGGUAAGAGACCAGAAUUUGUAAGAACUCUGUCACCAGUUGAAUUAGAAGAAGGAAAUUCCUUGAAGUUGGAAGCAAAAGUAAUAGGAGAUCCAGCACCAACCAUUACAUGGUUUAAGGACAACCAAGAAGUUUUGUCAAGUGAACGUAUAAUAAUGCUAGAAGAACCAGAUGGUACAGUUAGCCUCUUGAUUGAGAAUAUGACUCCAGAAGAUGCUGGAAAGUAUGCCGUUGUAGCAUCUAAUCCUGUUGGAAAAUCUCGAAGUUUUGCAUUUGUUGAUGUUACAGCCCUGCCAAAAAAAGAACCAGAGUUUUUAGAUGGGUUAAAACCAGUGAAUCUCCCAGAAGGUCAGUCUGGACGUUUGGAAGUUCUUAUUAAAUCGGAUACCAAACCAGAAAUCAAAUGGCUUAAAAAUGGCCAAGAAAUAAAACCAGAUGAUCAAAUCCAUAUUGAGCACAAGCCAGAUGGAACACAGGCCCUUGUUCUUGAUAAAGUGAAGCCAGAAGAUACAGGCAUCUAUUCUAUUCUAGCAGCUAAUCACCAUGGUGAAUCAAGAAGUAGUGCACCUCUCACUGUUAACCAACAACCAUUCUUCAAAAAAACACUCCAGGAUGUUGAAGCUGUUGAAGAUUUCCCAGCAAAACUAGAGGUUCAGGUUUUUGGUGUCCCUCAACCUGAAGUUAAGUGGUUUAAAGAUGGCAGAGAACUAAAUCCUGACAAAGAUAAUGUCAAAAUGUCACAAUUGUCUGAUGGUGUUAUGUCUCUCAUCAUUUCUUCCUGUCACCCUGAAGACAGUGGAAAAUAUUCCUGCAUUGCCAAAAAUCCCCUUGGUGAAAGUAGUUCUGAUGGAAGCUUAACUGUAAAAGGAAAAGAGAAAAUAGAAGAACCUCAAACUGCACCAGUCUUUUUAACUUCAUUCAGAGAUGUGUCUGUGAAAGAGGGAGAAAUUAUAAGCUUUGAAGCAGAAGUGGGUGGAAAUCCACUACCUGAGGUUAAAUGGUAUCUUAACGAUCUACCUGUUACAGAAUCAGACAACAUCAGUAAAAUGUUUGAUGGCAAAAAGGCUAUGCUUGAAAUUAGGAGGUGUAAACCACAGCAUAGUGGGGUUUAUGAAUGCCAAUUGACAAAUUCAUUAGGUGAGGCAAGACUUAAAGGGAAAGCAGACAUUGCUGCACACAUACCUCCAAGAUUUAUCCAACGAUUGUAUAACACAAAU